AUGAUAACACUCUUAUUAUACCUGUGCGUAAUAUGUAACGCAAUAGUGUUAAUAAGGGCUGAUUCGAUAGCGGACCCUUGGCCUGAAGCGCGACAUCUACUAAAUACCAUAGCUAAGUCCAGAGACCCAAUGAAAGAAGCUGCUAUGGAACCCAAUGCAGAUGAAUUUGUUGGAUUCUAUGUACCGAUGGAUUAUUCCCCACGUAAUGAGGAAAAAAACUACCAGAGCAUUUGGCAAAACGAAAUCACAGAUUCUCAACGUCAUAUUUAUGAAUUACUUGUACAAUCAAGUGAACAAUUCAACAACUCAGAAGCAACAUAUACACUUAGCCAGAUUCACCUUUGGAGUCAAUAUAAUUUCCCGCAUAAUAUGACUUUGGCACACAAAUACUUAGAAAAAUUCAAUGAUCUAACCCACUUCACCAAUCAUUCGGCCAUCUUCGACUUAGCUGUGAUGUAUGCCACUGGGGGAUGUGCUUCUGGUAAUGAUCAAACCGUGAUCCCUCAGGAUUCUGCUAAAGCACUGCUAUAUUACCAAAGGGCUGCCCAACUAGGGAAUUUAAAGGCUAAGCAAGUGCUAGCUUAUAAAUACUAUUCUGGCUUCAAUGUCCCACGAAAUUUUCAUAAAUCUUUAGUAUUGUACAGGGACAUUGCUGAACAGCUGAGAAAGUCGUACUCCAGGGACGAAUGGGAUAUUGUCUUCCCCUAUUGGGAAAGUUACAACGUGAGAAUAUCGGAUUUUGAGAGUGGCCUAUUAGGUAAAGGUUUGAAUUCCGUUCCAUCUUCUACAGUAAGGAAAAGAACUACGAGACCAGAUAUUGGUUCACCCUUUAUUGCGCAAGUUAACGGUGUACAGAUGACCUUGCAAAUCGAACCGAUGGGUAGGUUCGCUUUCAACGGUAACGAUGGCAACAUAAAUGGCGACGAAGAUGACGAGGAUGCCAGUGAAAGACGAAUCAUUCGGAUAUAUUAUGCAGCUUUGAAUGAUUAUAAAGGAACAUAUUCACAAAGCAGAAAUUGUGAGCGCGCCAAAAACUUGUUGGAAUUAACGUACAAGGAAUUUCAGCCUCAUGUCGACAAUUUGGAUCCUUUGCAAGUAUUUUACUACGUCCGUUGCUUACAAUUAUUGGGGCACAUGUAUUUCACCGGCGAAGGCUCCUCGAAGCCUAAUAUUCAUAUGGCCGAAGAGAUCCUGACCACGUCGCUAGAAAUAAGCAGAAGGGCACAGGGACCUAUAGGUAGAGCGUGCAUAGAUCUGGGCUUAAUAAAUCAAUACAUCACAAACAAUAUUUCUCAAGCAAUUUCGUAUUAUAUGAAAGCUAUGAAAACACAAGCUAACAAUGGAAUCGUAGAAUUCCAAUUAUCCAAAUUGGCCACUUCAUUCCCUGAAGAAAAAAUCGGCGACCCAUUUAACUUAAUGGAAACUGCCUACUUGAAUGGAUUCAUUCCAGCCAUAUAUGAGUUUGCAGUAAUGAUCGAAUCUGGAAUGAACAGUAAGAGUAGUGUGGAAAACACUGCUUACCUGUUCAAAACAUUCGUUGACAAAAACGAAGCUAUUAUGGCACCUAAACUGAGGACAGCAUUUGCCGCAUUAAUCAACGAUCGUUCAGAAGUGGCUUUAUGGGCUUAUUCCCAACUAGCCGAGCAAGGCUACGAGACUGCUCAAGUCUCUGCCGCCUACUUAAUGUACCAGUUGCCAUAUGAGUUUGAGGAUCCUCCAAGAACCACAGAUCAGAGAAAAACUUUGGCAAUUUCCUACUAUACAAGAGCGUUUAAACAGGGAAAUAUAGAUGCUGGUGUUGUCGCGGGAGAUAUCUAUUUUCAGAUGCAGAAUUACAGUAAAGCUAUGGCUCUUUAUCAGGGUGCAGCUUUGAAGUACUCUAUACAGGCUAUCUGGAACUUAGGGUACAUGCAUGAGCAUGGGCUAGGUGUAAACAGAGAUUUCCAUCUUGCUAAACGUUACUACGACCAAGUUUCAGAACACGAUCAUAGAUUUUACUUGGCUUCCAAAUUGAGUGUUUUAAAAUUACACCUAAAGUCAUGGUUGACUUGGAUCACCAGAGAAAAAGUAAACUACUGGAAACCUUCCUCGCCACUUAACCCUAACGAAGAUACUCAGCACUCGAAGACUUCAUGGUACAAGCAAUUGACGAAGAUUCUACAAAGAAUGAGACAUAAGGAGGAUAGUGACAAAGCUGCGGAAGAUUCUCACAAACACAGAACUGUAGUGCAGAAUGGAGCUAACCAUAGGGGUGACGACCAAGAGGAGGCUUCCGAGAUUUUGGGCUUCCAAAUGGAGGAUCUUGUUACGAUGGGAUGUAUCUUGGGGAUAUUCCUAUUAAGUAUAUUAAUGAGUACACUGGCGGCCCGUAGAGGCUGGAAUGUCCGUUUCAAUGGAGCACAAUUAAAUGCAAAUGGUAACCGGCAGCAAGAGCAACAACAACAACAACAAGCACAAGGUCCCCCGGGCUGGGACUUCAAUGUUCAGAUAUUCGCCAUAUGA